CAGAAUGUGACAUCUGUCCAAUGUCUCUAAUUCUGGAUUCUCUCCUCAUUUUGGUAGGAUGGUGAGGCCAGUUAUUCUGGUUCUUCUCUUCUUCAACAUCAGUGCACCCGCUGGCACGACAGUUGGUACUCGGGAUGUCCUGUAUCCUUUCGGACCCGCCCACAUGGAUCUGGAGACCCCCAAGAUGGAUGACGGGAGCACCCCUGAGAUUCCUCUGCUUGUGCCAUUUGUUUUCUUCAGCACACCCUACCGCACCAUCUACGUCAACAACAACGGCGUGAUAUCCUUCAACGAGCACGUGAGCCAGUUCACGCCGGAAGCGUUCCCCCUCAGCGACAGCCGGUCCUUCAUCGCCCCGCUCUGGGCAGACGUGCACAACGGGAUCCGCGGAGACAUCUACUACAGGGAGACCACCCUGCCGCAGAUACUGGAGAGGGCCACGCAUGACGUCCGCCGGCAUUUCAAGAACAUCCCCAACUUCUCAGCCACCUGGGCAUUCAUCGCCACCUGGCAUGAGGUCACCUUCUACGGCGGGAGCCAGACCACCCCGAUGGUGCAGUGUCCUUCGUCUUGUUCAACUAUGAGGAAAUCACUUGGAGCACUGGGACGGCCAGUGGCGGAGAUCCUCUAACUGGACUGGGUGGCACCACAGCUCAGUCAGGAUUUAAUGGCGGGGAAAUUGGACACUUCUUGAACCUGCCGGGAUCGCGGUCCAACGACGUGGUCAACAUUGAACAGACUACCAACGUGAAUCUUCCCGGACGCUGGUUCUUCCGCGUUGACCCGGAACUGAUAGAUCCCGCCAAUGGCUGCAGCU